GUGGCCACGCGCAGCGGCGGCGGUUGUUCCGCUUCCCCUCUGGCCCGGGCCGUCGCCAUUGCCGAAGGCUCCCUGCCCUCCCCUCGCGGCGCCCGCGGGGCUCGGCUGCCGCUCGGCCUAGCGGUAGCAGCGGCUGCGUUUCAGCGCGGCUCGUCCUUCCGCCCCGCUUCCCCCUCCUUCUCCGCCUGCCCCGCGCCGCGCGCUGGUCCGCGGCGGCUCCAGAGCCCGCCGGGAGCUCGGACCGAGGCGCCUCGCUGGGGCGGGGACCAUUCCUCGCCUGGGGCCACAUCAUAAUUCCGAAUCAUGUCUGAUAACGGAGAACUGGAAGACAAGCCUCCAGCACCUCCUGUGCGGAUGAGCAGUACCAUUUUUAACCCUGGUGGCAAAGACCCUUUGUCAGCCAAUCACAGUUUGAAACCUUUACCCUCUGUUCCAGAGGAAAAAAAGCCCAGGAAUAAAAUCAUCUCUAUAUUCUCAAGCACAGAGAAAGGAAGUAAGAAGAAAGAAAAGGAACGGCCAGAAAUUUCUCCUCCAUCUGAUUUUGAGCACACCAUCCAUGUUGGCUUUGAUGCGGUUACUGGAGAAUUCACUGGCAUGCCAGAACAGUGGGCUCGAUUAUUACAGACCUCCAAUAUCACCAAACUAGAGCAAAAGAAGAACCCUCAGGCUGUGCUGGAUGUCUUGAAGUUCUAUGACUCCAACACGGUGAAGCAGAAAUACCUGAGCUUUACUCCUCCUGAGAAAGAUGGCUUCCCUUCUGGGACACCAGGCCUGAAUACCAAGGUGUCAGAAACAUCAGCAGUAGUAACAGAGGAAGAUGAUGAUGAUGAAGAGGCUGCCCCUCCUGUUAUUGCCCCACGACCGGAUCACACAAAAUCAAUUUAUACACGGUCUGUAAUAGACCCUAUCCCUGCACCAGUUGGUGAUUCUAAUGUUGAUAGUGGUGCCAAGUCUUCUGACAAACAGAAAAAGAAGACCAAAAUGACAGAUGAAGAGAUUAUGGAGAAAUUAAGAACUAUUGUGAGCAUAGGUGACCCUAAGAAAAAAUAUACAAGAUAUGAAAAAAUUGGGCAAGGGGCUUCUGGUACAGUUUUCACUGCUACUGAUGUGGCAUUGGGACAGGAGGUUGCUAUUAAACAGAUUAAUUUACAGAAACAGCCAAAGAAGGAAUUAAUCAUUAAUGAAAUUCUAGUGAUGAAAGAAUUGAAGAAUCCCAACAUAGUUAACUUCUUGGACAGCUACCUGAUGGGAGAUGAAUUGUUUGUGGUGAUGGAGUACCUUGCUGGGGGAUCACUUACUGAUGUUGUGACAGAAACCUGCAUGGAUGAAGCACAGAUUGCAGCUGUAUGCAGAGAGUGUUUACAGGCAUUGGAGUUUUUACAUGCUAAUCAAGUGAUCCACCGAGACAUCAAAAGUGACAAUGUGCUUUUGGGAAUGGAAGGAUCGGUUAAACUUACUGACUUUGGUUUCUGUGCCCAGAUCACCCCUGAGCAGAGCAAACGAAGUACCAUGGUUGGAACGCCAUACUGGAUGGCACCAGAGGUGGUUACACGGAAAGCUUAUGGCCCUAAAGUGGACAUAUGGUCUCUGGGUAUCAUGGCUAUUGAAAUGGUAGAAGGAGAGCCUCCGUACCUCAAUGAAAAUCCCUUGAGGGCCUUGUACCUGAUAGCAACUAAUGGAACUCCAGAACUUCAGAAUCCGGAGAAACUUUCCCCAAUAUUUCGGGAUUUCUUAAACCGUUGUUUGGAAAUGGAUGUGGAGAAAAGGGGUUCGGCCAAAGAAUUGUUACAGCAUCCCUUCCUGAAACUGGCCAAACCAUUGUCCAGCUUGACACCACUCAUCAUGGCAGCUAAAGAAGCAAUGAAGAGUAACCGUUAGCAUCAUUCCCGUGGCCUCGUAGUCUUUCUUCCGUUUUCUAAAAGAAAUCUUUUAAUAUAUGAAAAUUAUUACUCUUUUGGGGUUUAAAGAAAUGGUCUGCAUAACAUGGAGGAAAAAGCAAACGAUUGCUUCCUGAAGACAACCAAGAGAAAAUUACAAAACGGAAUGACAACUUUCCAUUGAAUCCCUUCUUUAUAGGGUCCAAAAGGAAUUGUGGACUGAAGGCUAGUGAUUCAGCAGACAGCCCAUCAGGGCCAUUUAUCAUGCUUGAGAUUUGCAUUUCAUUUUGCUGAUUUCAUUGUGGUAGAUCCCAUUCAUUGUCCUUUUUGUGGGGGUAUUUUCAAUACUUGAAUGGCAGAUUCGAGUUUUUCAAGAGUAUUUGUUUCAACUGCUAGUCUUUUCUCUCCAUAGCCUUUUUUCCCCUUGAAUGCUCUUUUUGAGUUGCUUUGAGAAAUUUUUCUUGAGCCUAAAUUUGAGGCAAAUGUAAUAAAAAUUAAUGUAGCUCCUUAUAUUGGCAAAGGAGCUCAAAAUCGUUUAGCUUUGUAUAGAAGUUAGGGCCAGCUAUUAUUACAUGUAGUAUUUCAGUUCAUAAUUUGAACUGAAGGAAGGGAAGAAAAAUACGUGAUUUUUACCUUUUUUAACAAUGUGAAAGAGUCAAUUUUAGAAAUUUCAUGGUAGUGAGUUGUUUGCCAUUUGUUACAUGUAUAGAGAGACUAAUAAUCUAUAUUUAUAACUAAAUCAUUGAGACAGAAAAAGAAUCCCAUUGAUUAUACAUCCUUACAGUUUUGUUUCCUUUCUAACUGCAUCCUCUUCAGAUUGGGCUUUAGGAACCAAAGUUAUUUGCUCUUUCUUGUUCCAACUUGGGCUUUGUGACUGGUUGGUAGUGCUACUUUGCCCUUCCCCCUUUUUUCCUUUCAUUUUGGAAAUAACUUUCUGUAUAUGUUGUAAUUUUAGUUAGUUUGUUUUUUAAUUAACUCUCACCCUAUUCCACCCCUCUCCCUUCGGUAAAUCUAAUAACCAUUGAAUUUUCAGAAUUUAAAAGUUAAUUUUUUUUUCCAUUUAAAGGAGAAAAAUAUCUGGAGCUAGCAGAAACAAAGUGAGAACUCUAAAAUAAUUAGAUAAGCUUCUGCUCAUGUAAGAGAAAUGACAGUUACAUCGAGAUGCGGCUUCUGACCAGUAAACUGUGGAGGUUUGUUAUAAAUAUUGUUCCCAACCCAGUACUUCCUGUCUGUGAGAACUUACGUGACAAAGUUCUUGAUAAAUUUGUGGAUUAUUUGAGAUGUUGAGUUACUCUAGAUUUUUUUCAAAAAAAAAAAAAAGUAAUAAUUAUGUAAAAAAAGAAGAGGAAGAAAAAUGAAAUAUGCUUGUUGAUAGCAAUACUUUUUUUAUUUUAAAGUUUUUAAGAGGGUCUGUGACCUGUAGCAUUAAUUAUGAGAGUGCCCUUUCUUCUCCCCUCCCCUUCUGUCCCCUCCUUUGUUCUCUCUUUAUUUUUCAUUGUUUUCUUGUGGAAGUAGUGUCAUCCCUCAAGCCUCACAAAAGAAAAAAAUCUGGUUUGGUUCAGGCAUUUUGUUCCCAGCAACACUCCUAAUUAGCUUCGCACCUACUUGCCACCCUGCAGUAGUACAGGUCAUCAAUACAAAUAACUUUGAUUACUUUAA